CAAUUUGGACGCUACUUUUGACAGCUGUCUUGUCACUCGAGAUUGUCACUUGUAUUGUUAUCUCUCAGAAAAUCAGACGAAACCAGUGAUAAGUCGUGCUGAGUGGUUCAAAAGUGCAAAAUGGGGCACCUGUUUUGUGAAAUUACUGUGAAUUUGAAAGUCCAGGCGCGCGCGCGUGUGAAUUGGCGCGCACAACGACCGGCUCCUUGAUUGUAUUUAUUGAAAAUACUCACGGAAAAACGGCCCAAAAGACCGUUUUACACACAUUUUUCGAUUUGAGAAAGGUACCGAUCUUAAAAUCUGGGUCCAAAUUCCCUCCAUUGAAUCAACACAUAUCUGCAUGACAAUUAUGACCUCUGAAGGUGGAGUCGAACUUGGCAGAGUAAAUAAUGUUUCGUUGUUGGAAAACUUUUAAUUGUUAGCGAUUGAACUGAUGAUGUCAGUUAUGACUUCAGUUUGGACGCAAAACUGGCCAGGCAAUCAAAGUUUAAUUUAAGAUGCUAGUGGCCCGAAACUCGGUGACUAGUUUUGUUUUGGCCCUUGCGUUCAUCCAUUUUGCUGCACUUAACAUGAUACUGCCGCCAUCUUGUCCUCCUGAAUGUAUCUGUCUUUCUCAGACACAGGUUCUGUGUAAUUCGGGCGGAUUACGAGAGAUUCCAGUUAAACUGCUACCCUCCACAGUGGAGCACCUUUCACUAACGAGGAACCACUUUCCUGUCAUUAAAAGCGAUGCCUUUGCAGGAUUGAGAUUUCUGCGGAAGCUGUCUUUAGACGGCAACAACAUAUCAAUCAUCAAACCGUUCGCCUUCAGGGGUCUUCCGCGACUUAGAGAAUUGUCGAUACAGCAAACUCCUCUCGCCACAGUGGCGCAGUUCGCGUUCGCCGGCUUGCAAAACAUCACUUCGAUCUACUUGAGCCACAACAAAAUCAAGAAAGUGGAGGGCUAUUCGUUCGCCGGCACUUCGAACUUGAAGCUGUUGGUGCUGACUAAUAACCCCAUAAUCAAGAUUGAAAGUAACGCGUUUUGCGGUUUAACCAAUGUUGAAAGGCUGAAUUUUCCGUCGGGAGUGCGCAUUUUAGAACCGGACGCUUUUAACGGUUUAGACACUGUCGGCUUUUUAAAAUUGGCCUUUAUGGACCUGCCGGCGCUCAAAGAAGGCACUUUUAGAGGCCUUACGAACGUCGGUGUUCUAUCGAUACAAGAAUCAGACUUAGGAAUUAUUGAAAGGGACGCCUUCGAUGGCCUGACGUUCAUUAAGAAUUUCUAUAUUUUAAACAAUAAAAUUGACGGCAUUCAAGAACUGAAUUUAACUCAAGAGCAGCGGAUCGGCUACUUGAAGCUCCAAGGCAACCACAUUUUGGAAAUCCCUCGCGCCGAAACUCUCAAUAUCGGUGUCGAUAAGUUGACUGUGAUAGCAAAUCAUUUUCCUUGUGAUUGUCACAUCCACGCCCUGUUAGAGGGACCUUUAGCAAACGGUAGUUUACUCGACUUUAUAUCAAAGAAUUAUUGCAUAUCGCCGUUGGAAGUUAAUGGCAGGCCUAUGAGUGAUAUUGAUAUUGAUUCGAUAGGACGGUGUCAGGAGGAAGUCACCAGAGGUAAUUUAGAAGCUUCCAAAGACUCAACAAGUAUGUGCUGGAAAAUGAAGCCGCAAAUAUCGAUUCUUUUAUGGUGGUUAUUUGCCGUUUUCGGCAAUUUUAGCUGAAAUUGUUAACUGAUAUUUUAGAGAGUUUUUACUAGGUUUCAGGUCAAGGGUAAAUCAUUACGUGCUAAUAGAUUCAUCCGCGCGACAACGAAUAGAGAGCUAUCAAUAAUUUAUUCAAUUGUUUUUCUGCGAAAGCAGUGUUUUAAAUUAGAACACUUUUUUCGGAACUUUUGCUGUAAAUUACUGUGAAUUAUUAAGAAGCGUCGUUGAAUCCAAAAAUAUAAAGUGUUUUUUUAAGAAAAAAUAUUUUUUUAUAAAAAUUGUCAAACACUUCAAACACGAUUUUACUUAUUAUCUUUGUUUUUUGAAUUCAAAAUUUAAUUUUUUUGCAAUGAAUAGAGAUUUUAACAUAUACAGGGUUAGUCUGAUAAAAGCAUAUUUUUUUCUGCAAAUCGAAACUGAGACUUAAUUUUUUCUCUAAGCAUCUUAAAGACAAUAAAAAAUUAUUAAUAAACACAGAGAGGUACAAUAUGAAAAAAAAAUUUACAAAAGAUACAAAAGUCGCAGAGCAAAACAGUUUGUUCCAUUGAAUUCUACGGCUCAUUUAACAUAUCCUAUCAAUUUUUCACAAGAAUAAAAAUUUUUAAAUUUUUUUGCUUAAUAUUAGGUUAGCCAUUAUUUAUGGUGGACAAUUUUAUUGAACAAAAAAAUUCAUAACUCAAAAACUAAAAGCCGUAGAGCAAAACAGUUUGUUUCAGUGAAUUCAGCGGCUCAUUUUCUGUAUUAAACCAAUUUUUAAUGAGAUCUAAACUUUUAAAGUUUUUUGCUAAAAAUUAAGAUAGGCAAUAUCUAUAGGGAAAAAUUUUAUUCAAUAAAAAAAUUCAUAACUCAAAAACUAAAAGUCGUAGAGCAAUGCGGUUUGUUCCAUUGAAUUCAGCGGCUGUAUUAUACCAGCUUUUCACAAGAUUUAAAAUUUUGAAUUUUUUUGCUUAAAAUUUCCUGAGUAAUAACACUUACCUUCAAGAAGGUGAAAAAAAAUUUUUUUUUAAACUCGUUCUAGUAUAUUUUUAUGGACUUUUAUAUGCCUUUACAUUCCUCUAGAGUUGUUAAAAGUCCACAAAAAGUCCAUAUAUUCGAUUUUUUGAUAUUUGAUUUUUUCAAUUUUCGUCACAAUUUUUGUCGAUUUUGGGUACCCGGAACAUUUGUCGAGCAAUAGCUCCGGAACUAUCAGAGAUAACCCCAUGAAGUGUAUUAUCGUUGGAAAGCUCUUUAAAUUAUCUAUUUUUUUCAAAAAAGAUUAUUGUUCUCCGACUUACAGUUUUCGAGCAAAUUGCUGAUAAAUGCAAAAAUUGGUGAAAUUUUAAAAAAUUCAUAACUAAAAAGCUAUUCGGAAUUUGGUAACUUUCUCGAUGCCAAUCGAUUCCCCGGAUCAUUUUGCAUAGGUAUGGAUCAAAAUAGUUCACUUUUUAGAAUAGUUUAGCCGUAAAUGAGAAAAUAAAAAUUUUUUUAAAAAAGUUAACACCCCCCCCCCUUAAAAUUGGUCAUUUUUUAAAGUGUCUCAAAAUCAAAAAAAACCGAUUCUAUCUUAUAGAUUUUGAUGUGCUCUUUCUGAUCUAAAAAAGCGUUUUCUGCUAGCUCUUAUAGUUUUCGAGCAAAUUGCUGAUAAGUGCAAAAAUUGGUGAAAUUUUAAAAAAUUCAUAACUAAAAAACUAUUUGGAAUUUGGUAAUUUUCUCGAUGCCAAUCGAUUCCCCGGAUCAUUUUGCAUUGGUAAGAAUAAAAAACGUUCCAUUUUUUCGAAUAGUUUUGCCGUAAUUGAGAAAAUUAAAAAAAAAUAAUUAAGACCCCUUCACUUUCUAAUACAUUAUCCAAAAAAUUAAGUCAGGAAGUAAAGUUUUCAUAUCUUUUCUAGAUGAUUUCUAAAUGGUAUUUUAAGAAUCAUUUCCUUUUUUUUUUGUAUUGUGUCUGAAUUAAUUUAUUAAUUAAUUAAUUUGCUUUUCAGUUUACUUUUGACACGAAACUGUAAUAAAUUAGUAAAAAAAAUACUCCAAUUAAUUAAGAAAAAAAAAUUACAGUUUCAGAUUUUUUGAGAAAUUUUUUGUACUAAAAACUUAUUUAAAAGCUUUAUUCCAUCCUAUCACAAGAUAUAAACAUGACAGGAAAACUGCAAUUUUCUCAAUUUUUUUGGUCAAAAAAUUGCAAAAAAUAAAGUUCCAAAUUUUAUCCAGAAGACAGUUGUGACUUUAUUCUAUGAUUUUUGAACCCUAACUCGGUUAAUUUUAAUAAUUUCAAAAAAAAAUCUUCUUAAUUAAUACGUACUUCACAGUAAUUUACAUAAAAAAUUUAAUUUGUAGUCUUGUUAGCAAAACGGUGCAAGUUUUUCUGCUCCUCAAAACCAAACAAUGUGUAGUCAUAAUGAAUUGUGGUCCUCAUUAAACUAUCGCUGUUGUCCUAAUUAAGAAAACAAAGCUUUCCCCAGCAAAACAAAGCUCAAUAUCCGAUUGUUAAUAUAAAAACGCCUGCAUUGAAUCUAGUUAAUUACCAUUGCAACCAAUUAAAUCCCAAUAUAAUUAAACCAGGACUAUCGAAACCGCGAACUAGAUUAAGUCCACCCGCAAUGAGUUAUAGUUACAAACUAUACAGUUAGUAUUUGUCGCAAUUUUCUGUUACUGUUUGGAAAACUUGCCACCUCAUCCACUACACACUCAGAGGGACAAUUUAAUAUCCAUUCCGAGGUGAAACGAACAGCAGUUUAUUAUCGACACAGGAUAGCCACAUUUCGGGUACAACAUGUAACCAAAAAUAUCCACAAGGGGACCGUUUUGUUUAAGCAACGGAAUUAUGGCGUGUCAUAAUAACGAAUUGAAUAAAUUAUUGAUCGCUCGGCGAAUUUUCGGUUUUAAUAACACACUGCCAAUAAUUACGUUUUUUCGGCAAUGUAGAGUAAUAAACGUGUCCACUCGAGUCCAUAUCAGCUGUACAUAACGAAGCGCCCUUUUACAUACUAUACAGAGUUGCCAUGAAAUAUUCAGUAUGGAUUAUGCGCAUAAGUCACAGCGUUUAGUGUCGCUUGUUUCGUUAUACUUUACAACUAGUUUAAGUGUCCAAAGCUGCUGAAUUUAGAUAAGGAUUACGUGUUCGGGGGUUUAUUUGCUGUUUUUUGAACGAAUCACGAAAAUUUUGCACACUCAACAGAACUUUUCAACUUAAAAAUACACACAAAUUAUGUAAUAAAUGCGUUAAAUUUCAUUAAAUAAAUUAAAUGUUACUGUUUCAUUAAAUAAUAUUGAAUAAAUAAAUAAUUCAUAUUUUUGUUACGAGUCAUUAAAAAAAAUCUCGUACAGGUCGAUUUUCUGUUUUUUUAAAUCUUGGCAUUAUAGUGACAUUUAUGACGUCAUUUUUUUUAAUGGUAUAUGUGUGGUAAAUUGGAAAAAUAAACCAAAAAAUUAAAGAAAAAGUUUUUGAAAAUUUUAUACAAAUUGCUUUAUUUUUUGAGGUGAUUUUUUUUGUUGUGUUUUUUGCUAAUUAUUAAAAAACAUAAACAGCAAUUGUCUUUUAUAAAAUAAGGCACAAAUAUUUAGAUAAACAGCCUUUUGUGUUUAAAUGAAAAUUUUUUUUACAAAAUAAUUUUUAAUUUUUUUUUUCUUAUAAGAAAGGGAUGUGUAUUAGAAUAUUUUAAUUUUUUUGUUUAAAGUACUGUUUUUAAUGUUUUUUAUUUUUUACAUUAGAAGGAAUACGUUACAGUAAAAAUUGUAGAUAAUAAAAAAAAAUUUUAAUCUAUUUUUUUUUGUAAAUUGGUUAUUUCCAUUUGAAUUAAUUUUGUUAAUAAUUUGUCAAGAAAUAAAUUGGGAGGACAAUUAAACAUUUUUUGUAGAUUUGUUUCAGUAAUGCAAAAUUAAAAAACGAAGAAAAUAAAAGAAGAAAAUUUGAAAAUUUUUGUAGAUAGAAAUUUAACAUAUUUUUUUUUUGCUUUAAGAGAAAUAAGUUACAGUAAAAAUUGUAUACAGUCAAAGAAAAAUCUGGAAAUCUAAUUUUUUUGUUAAUUGAUUGUUCAAAUUUGACUUAAUUUUGUUAAUAAUUUGUCAAGAAAUAAAUUGGGAGGAAAAUUAAACAUUUUUUGUAGAUUUGUUUCAGUAAUGUUAAAAAUAAAAAACGAAGAAAAUAAGAGAAGAAAAUUUGAAAAUUAUUGUAAAUAGAAAUUUAACAUUUUUUUUGCUUUAAGAGAAAUAAGUUGUCGUAAAACUUGUGUACAGUCAAAGAAAAAUCUGGAAAUCUAAUUUUUUUGUUAACUGAUUGUUCAAAUUUGACUUAAUUUUGUUAAUAAUUUGUCAAGAAAUAAAUUGGGAGGAAAAUUAAACAUUUUUUGUAGAUUUGUUUCAGUAAUGUUAAAAAUAAAAAACGAAGAAAAUAAGAGAAGAAAAUUUGAAAAUUAUUGUAAAUAGAAAUUUAACAUAUUUUUUUGCUUUAAGAGAAAUAAGUUGUCGUAAAACUUGUGUACAGCCAAAGAAAAAUCUGGAAAUCUAAUUUUUUUGUUAACUGAUUGUUCAAAUUUGACUUAAUUUUGUUAAUAAUUUGUCAAGAAAUAAAUUGGGAGGAAAAUUAAACAUUUUUUGUAGAUUUGUUCCAAUAAUGCAAAAAUAAAAAACGAAAAAAAUAAAAGACGAAAAUUUGAAAAUUUUUGUAGAUAGAAAUUUAACAUAUUUUUUUGCGUUAAAAGAAAUAAGUUACAGUAAAAAUUAUGUACAGUCAAAGAAAAAUCUGGAAAUCUAAUUUUUUUGUUAACUGAUUGUUCAAAUUUGACUUAAUUUUGUUAAUAAUUUGUCAAGAAAUAAAUUGGGAGGAAAAUUAAACAUUUUUUGUAGAUUUGUUCCAAUAAUGCAAAAAUAAAAAACGAAAAAAAUAAAAGACGAAAAUUUGAAAAUUUUUGUAGAUAGAAAUUUAACAUAUUUUUUUGCGUUAAAAGAAAUAAGUUACAGUAAAAAUUAUGUACAGUCAAAGAAAAAUCUGGAAAUCUAAUUUUUUUGUUAACUGAUUGUUCAAAUUUGACUUAAUUUUGUUAAUAAUUUGUCAAGAAAUAAAUUGGGAGGAAAAUUAAACAUUUUUUGUAGAUUUGUUCCAAUAAUGCAAAAAUAAAAAACGAAAAAAAUAAAAGACGAAAAUUUGAAAAUUUUUGUAGAUAGAAAUUUAACAUAUUUUUUUGCGUUAAAAGAAAUAAGUUACAGUAAAAAUUAUGUACAGUCAAAGAAAAAUCUGGAAAUCUAAUUUUUUUGUUAACUGAUUGUUCAAAUUUGACUUAAUUUUGUUAAUAAUUUGUCUAGAAAUAAAUUGGGAGGACAAUUAAACAUUUUUUGUAGAUUUGUUUCAGUAAUGCAAAAUUAAAAAACGAAGAAAAUAAAAGAAGAAAAUUUGAAAAUUUUUGUAGAUAGAAAUUUGACAUAUUUUUUUGCUUUAAGAGAAAUAAGUUACAGUAAAAAUUGUAUACAGUCAACGAAAAAUCUGGAAAUCUAAUUUUUUGUUAACUGAUUGUUCAAAUUUGACUUAAUUUCGUUAAUAAUUUGUCAAGGAAUAAAUUGGAAGGCAAAUUAAACAACUUUUGUAGAUUUGUUACAGAAACACAACGCUAAAAAUUUUUUUUCGGGAAUAUAAAAUUUACUUUUUACCAUUAAAAAAACUAUUUAAAAAAACAAUGAAUGUAGAAAUUUUACAAUAAAUUUUUGAUGCAAUUGUAGCCAGAAAUAAUAAACAUGUAUAUAAAUACUUAUCUUUUUUGUGUAAUUUUUUCUUGUUUUUGCAGUGUGCAAAAUUUCAGUUGUUUGUAAGAUUUUUUCGUUGUACGUAAAUGUGCUGUGUACUUGCGUAAGUCUACGCCACUGACUUGUCACAUAUUGUAGCAAAUUGUAUACGACCUAAGCGACGAAUUUAGUAAAAAAUCCGACGAAAUAAAUAAAAAUUAUAAGGUCAGUGCCUCUCACUGUUUGAUAGCGUAGUCAAUAAAAAUGUCAACUAAUUACUGUAAAUACUUGUGUAUAAAAAUAUCGAUGUGUUUCGUUGUAAUAUAUUGUUUAUUAAAAAGAUUUUCAAGGAA